UUCUCUCCUAUUGCUUUUACUAUCUUCCUUACCGUCUUUUCUCAGGCGCAACAAAGCAAGGGCUCCUCUAUCAAAGACGCAGCAUCCUCUGCCCUUGACAGUGCCACCGGCAUUAUCUCCUCUGCAAAAGGCGCAGCGUCCUCUGUCGCAGGUCACGCCACCAGUAUCGUCGAGAGCGCCCGUGGUUCCAUCUCCAGUGCUAUUGAGAGCAAGACAGGAAACGCUGCCUUGACUCCUACUAGCACCGAGGCUUCUCCCUCUAAGCAUACUAAUACUGCCGCGGCCGCCAGUAUCAGCAGUAAUAUUGCCAUAAUCAGCUCUGAUAUCCAGACUGCAAAGGGCGCCGCUUCCUCUCUCCAUUCAGCUCUGGCGUCGGCUAGCAGCGCUCUUGCGAGUGCCAAAGCAAGCGCGACCGCAUCUGCCACGACUACAAGCACGCCUAAAGCCGCGGGUGCCAUGCCUACUGCUGCUGUUGCCAUGGGAGCCCUUAUGGGCGGCGCUGCCGUUCUCGUUAAUAUGUAAAUAGGCAUGGUGUUAACGAUAUACUACGGCUAUAUGCUGUGGUCAGGAAUAUAACUAAGGUUAGGCUGAUAAUUAAGCAAAUGGUCAUAUGCACAGGACUAUAUAGGGCUUAAGACUUAGGAUUAGUAGGUGUUAAAGAGGUUACAUAAGUGCUGGACUAGUCUCUAAUU